AUGGCAUGUUCGGAUGAAGAAAUCGGUAGUUGUGCAUAUGCCACAAUUGUCUCUCACGAUGGUCGAGCUAUCACCAUUGAUGGUCAUCGUCGAGUUCUUCUCUCUGGUUCUAUCCACUACCCUAGAAGCACUCCUGAGAUGUGGCCGGAUCUUAUCAAAAAGGGCAGAGAAGGAGGUCUCGAUGCAAUCGAAACUUAUGUUUUCUGGAACGCACACGAACCUACUCGUCGUCAAUAUGAUUUCUCUGGAAAUCUAGAUCUUAUUCGGUUUUUGAAAACAAUUCAAGAUCAAGGGUUUAUGGAGUUCUUCGCAUUGGUCCAUAUGUUUGCGCCGAGUGGAAUUACGGGAUUCCCUGUGUGGCUGCACAACAUGCCCGGAAUGGAAUUCAGAACUACUAACACUGCGUUCAUGAAUGAAAUGCAAAACUUCACAACUAUGAUAGUAGACAUGAUUGAAAAUGAGUAUGGAAAUGUGAUUGGAUCGUAUGGGGAGGCGGGUAAGGCA